GACUUGUCGUCUGCCGCGUUGUCGUCUGCUGCAGGUCGCUGAUUUUAGUGUGACAUGGCACUGGAGGAGAUUAAGACGAUGUUUGCAGGAAAAUGGAAGCUUGAUAGAAGCGAAAACUUUGACGAAUUUCUAAAAGAAAUGGGGGUUAACGUCUUGCUCCGAAAAAUGGCGGAGUCCAGUAGGCCGGAACAAGUAAUUGAGGUCAAGGACGGUCAGAUAAGGAUAUCGACGAAAACUGGAUUAUCGAACCAGGACGAUGUGUUUGACCUGGGAAAGGAAUGUGAAAUAGAGACGAACACAGUUAAACAUAAGGUGAAGGUCGUGUACAGCGACGGUCGGAUGGUGGUGACCUCACGGCCAGUGGGGUCUGACCUCAAGCCACAGCGUAUCUGUCGGGAGCUCAUCCAGGAUGAAAUGGUCAUGGUGAGUAGACAAUAGACGUGGGAGACAUCAUCUGCAAGAGGAUAUUCAAGCGUGUUUAGCCAGCGGGUCUUUACAAAGGCAUUCCGGAAGCACUUAAAUGUGAGGGAUUGAAUGACAAAUAACGCCGGGCUGAUAUACUAUUGAUUUAUGUACCCUCCACAUGUUAUCGAUUGCCUUGGUUGGUAUUGUCUGGUCACAAGGAGUCGAAGCUUACAGCUGACCAUUUGAUCACGUGAUGACUUUUCCAGUGGUCAUUUUCCAGCAAACCAGCGGUCAACUAUUCUUACUGAUCAUGUAACUUCGUGCUCAAAAUUAAGUAUCAACACAAGAUGGCCGUAGAUCGUAUUAUGUGUUUUCAGAUUUGCCGGUGUUAUUGAGUAUUUGAUCCCCGGAUAUUUCAUUUGUAACCGACAUCGUUAACCGAAUGCUUUAAAUGUUAAAACUCCUCUUCACAACAACCGGAUAGGGAAACACAUGAUGUUUAUCGACUUUCGUAUUACAUGAGAUCUCCGUAGUUUUGUGUAGAACUCUCUUAUCAUUGGUACCUAACCAGCUGUGAGACUGACCUGGCAAUGACGUCACCACAAAAUGGUUAUACUACAGUUCUUGUUGCAUUGGAGAUGGCGCGCAAAGAUCGAGUACAAGUGGUAUCGACGCUUGUUUCCUGGAUGAGAACAGUGUACAUGGAUAAGACGCCUAUCUGAUACGCCUAUGAUGCCAUGGGGACCACACCUGACUUCGAUUGAAUAA